AUGACGUCUUCAACAGAUUCUUCCACUGUCUCACCUUCUGUAUCACCUGCAAUAACUUUCAGCUAUAACUCAUUGGCUGAAGUUCAGAUUCCUGCUGCCCUUAAGUUUUUGAUGAACAAUAUCAAAAAUAUUGUUCAAAAUCCAUUGACUACAGAGAAUAAUCCCACUUGUAGAGCACAAGUCGUAAAAGUAUUUCAAGCUAACGGUUUCUCUAGCUUCUUAGAUGGAUCUAUACCUGCUCCAAACAAACAUAUUGUGAGUUUGAGCAACACUCAUACGCCAAAUCCUGCAAAUAAUCAGUGGGAUUUGAUUGAUCAAAAUAUUACUGCUGCAUUAUACUCUAUUAUCUCUACCUCCCUGCUACCAUAUGUUCUAAAUCUUAAUAAUUGUCAUGAAGUAUGGACAACUUUAGACAAACGACUUCAGUCGACCAACAGAUCGCGAAUAUUUCAACUCAAAAAUGAGCUACAUCAUCUUACUAUGAAGGACAUGUCUAUGAUCCAGUAUCUGUCGAUAAUUAAAGCCAAAGUGGACGCCAUUGCUACUGCAGGAAGUUCUAUUGACACUAACUAUAUUAUUUUAUAUACACUUAAUGGCUUACCAGCUACAUAUAAUGCAUUCAAAACUUCCAUUAGAACUAAGCUUCAUCCCAUUCAUUUGGAUGAUGUGUAUGUUUUACUGUGCAAUGAAGAGAUUAAUUUAGCUGCGAAAUCUCUUAAAGAAGCUCAUAUCCAGGAUACUGAAAAUCCUCCUACUGCUCUAACCUCUGUUCAUGGCCGUGGAAGAGGCAGAUCAUAUGCAGCAUUUUUCGUGGGCACAGUCGUUCCUAUACACACGGAGGAAGACAACCAGGCAGAGGAAUGCGCUCCAUCGAUCGAACUCUAG